AUGGCGUCCUCCGCUGCUCGGUUUACGACACGCUGGUUCUCAGCAUCAUUUUCUUCUGGACAACGUAGCGGUCGUUUUCUGAAUGUAUCUGCCAGACCGACAGGAGUCGUUUCAGCGACGAUAUUGCAGACGCACCGGGGUGGGAUAGCAGUUAGCUUUAGCUGCUGGACGCACCGAAAUGUCGUGACAUUGAAGGGACUGACAGGCACAAGAUGUCCCCAUGUCACUGCCGGUCACUUCUUUCACACCAGCAGCAGCUUUGCAAACAAGCAGGACUUCUAUGAAGUCUUGGGUGUCUCCCGCACUGCCUCACAGAGGGACAUCAAGAAAGCGUACUACCAGCUGGCAAAGAAGUACCACCCGGACACCAACCCCGAUGACCCAGAGGCCAAAGAGAAAUUUGCCAAGCUGGCUGAAGCCUAUGAGGUGCUGAGUGACGAGGUGAAGAGGAAGCAGUAUGACACAUACGGAGCGGCAGGCUUCGACCCAAACCGUGCUAGGGCGAGCCAGCAGCAGUACUACAGGGCCGGGGGCACCAGCUUAGACCCAGAGGAGCUCUUCAGGAAGAUCUUCGGAGAGUUUACUGGAGGAAUGGGCUUCGGAGACAUCCACAACAUGUUUGAACAAAGGCCGGAGUUUGUGAUGGAGCUCACGUUUUCAGAGGCAGCAAAGGGCGCGAGUAAGGAGUUGAGUGUGAACAUUGAUGACGCCUGCCCGAGGUGUGAUGGAAAGGGCAGCGAGCCGGGCACCAAGGUGUCUCACUGUCACUACUGCAAUGGCACUGGCAUGGAGUCAGUCAACACUGGUCCUUUCAUGAUGCGCACCACCUGUCGACGCUGCGGUGGGAAGGGAUCAAUCAUAAUCACGCCCUGCACACUGUGCCGAGGUUCAGGCCAGACCAAGAGGAGGCAGACGGUCACCGUACCAGUACCUGCUGGAGUGGAAGACGGUCAGACGGUGCGCAUGUCAGUUGGAAACAGAGAAAUCCUCAUUACAUUCAGGGUCCAGAGAAGCCCAGUUUUCAGGCGCAAUGGAAUAAACAUCCACUCGGACGUGUUCAUCUCGAUAGCUCAGGCCGUCCUGGGGGGCACAGCCACAGCACAGGGCCUCUAUGAUACCAUCAGUAUAGUGAUUCCUUCCGCCUGCCAGGCUGAUCAGGUGAUCCGGCUGCAGGGGAAAGGCAUUCGGAAGAUGAACAGCUACAGCUAUGGAGAUCACUACGUUCACAUCAAGAUCAGAGUGCCAAAGAAAUUGACUCGUAAGCAGCGCUCUCUGUUGCUGACGUAUGCUGAAGAUGAGACGGAUGUUCAGGGGACUGUCAACGGUGUCGUUCCUGCUGCAGGAGGGGGCAGCAGCACUUCAGGUUCUGGUUCAAAGUCGAACAGCACAGAGGAGGCCCAGGAGAAGCAGCAGCAGCAGGAAGAAGGAGGCUUCUUCUCGAAACUAAAGAAGUUGUUUAGCUGAUACUCUAGCUGCAGAUAGAAAACAUGCUGAAGGAAGAGAAGAAAUCCACUCACUGGGCCUCCACGCUGUCUCCUUCUACUUUUGGGGUUGAGCAAAGAGGAGGAAGAGAGAGGAAGAGCGGUAUUUGUUUUGACACAGUCGCACAUUGAUGAAGCUGCGGCUGGCAAAAAGGUCAAGUCGACGCCAGGUCCACCCACACACCCACUGGCCCGUCACCACAGUCAGGUGCUGAGCUGAGAAACUCAAGAACCGCUGGAAGAGGAACAAGAUGGGGACAACAGAGGACUAUUGUGGUCUAACUCUCCUCCCAGUGUGCUAAGUUUGAAGCUGCAAUUCUCAUUGCUCUGCAGACAUUAACUUUAUUUAAGAAAACUAAGAAAGAUGAGCCACAAAAAUGGCAGACAAAAACUUAACAAAUUACAAGAGGAUGACCAGAAACUGAACUUAACACCGACAUUUCCUGCACGGUCACACUCUCAUCUGAAUUGGAUGCUGCUAUGACCAGUACCUUUCAGUGUGCAGUCUCUUUGCAACUCAUGCAGAAAGUUUUGUUUUUUAGUUCAAUCCUAAUGCUCACUGAAGUUAAAACUUCCAAAAAACAUGCAACUGUGAAAUGUGUUGGGAGGAUAUAUAUCAUAUAUCAUGUAAUAAAAAGGGGUAGAGAAAGGAAAUGGGAUGGGAUGAUUUGUUGUAUCUCUGUGUGGCAACAAAACUGUGCAAAUGCACAAU